CUCGCCCGGUCCCCGUCGCUGCGCCCGCCGCGCGCGGAGCGGGGACGCGAGCCAUGGAGGAGACACCGCCCCCGGGCUGCAGCAAGCCGCACCUGGAGAAGCUGACCCUGGGGAUCACCCGCAUAUUAGAAUCUUCCCCAGGUGUGACAGAGGUGACUAUCAUAGAGAAACCACCUGCUGAACGUCAUAUGAUUUCUUCAUGGGAACAAUGUGUAGGAGUUGCUAAGCCAGCUUCUGGAUUUCUUUCAGAGGGAAUUAUUGCAUGUGUAACUGUGGAUUUGGUGUUUGUAUGGGAAGAGAAAAAUAACUGUGUGCUACCUGAGGAUGUGAAGAAUUUUUACCUGAUGACCAAUGGCUUCCACAUGACAUGGAGUGUGAAGCUGGAUGAGCACACCAUUCCAUUGGGCAGCAUGGCAAUUAACAGCAUCUCAAAACUGACUCAACUCAACCAGUCUUCUGUGUAUUCACUCCCGAAUGCACCAACUCUGGCAGACCUGGAGGAUGACGCACUUGAAGCCAGUGAGAAUCAGCCAGAGAAGCCACACUUUGAUUCUCGCAGCGUGAUAUUUGAGCUGGAUCCUUGCAAUGGGAAUGGGAAGGUUUGCCUUGUCUACAAAAGAGGGAAACCAGCAUUAGCACAAGACACUGAGAUCUGGUUCCUGGACAGAGCAUUAUACUGGCAUUUUCUCACAGACACCUUCACCGCUUACUAUCGCCUGCUCAUCACGCACCUGGGCCUGCCGCAGUGGCAGUACGCCUUCACCAGCUAUGGCAUUAGCCCGCAGGCCAAGCAGUGGUUCAACAUGUAUAAACCCAUCACCUACAAUACAGACCUACUUGCAGAAGAGACCAACUCCUUCGUGAACAAGCUGGAUCCCAGCAAAGUGUUCAAGAGCAAGAACAAGACCUUAAUCCCCAAAAAGAAAGGGCCAGUCCAGCCUGCAGGUGGCCAGAAAGGGCCCCCAGGUCCUCCCUCCACCUCUAAAUCCUCUUCUAGCCCUGGAAACCCUGUCCGGAAAUGAGCACCCCACCUCCCCGCGAGCCCCUCAACAUGAUUUCCGUGCACAGAUGGCCCAAGCCUCAGAUUCUAUGAGUUGUACCAUAGCCCUCUUCCCAUCACAGUGAGCCAAAUCCUAGGCCUUCUGCUUCCAUUGGUAUUAGCCAGGAGUUCAAGGGCAUUCUCAGGUCUCCCCCAGAGUCCUUGCCUCAUCUCUUGCCUCUGAGAGAGAGUUUCCGAACGUAAGUGUUAAAUAGAGCUGUGAAGAGCUUCCCUCUCUUUCCACCCCCAACCCUCUACACUUGUCAGUGGUGGUGAGAGAAAUCCCCUGAGAAACCACUGAUUUUGACCCAUGAGGCAUUAGAACUGUGCUGUUCAGUUGGUAAUCACUAGUCACAGUGGCUGUUUAAACUAUAUUAAGAAUUCAGUUCCUCAGUUGCAUUAGCCACAUGGUGCGCAUCCAUGUGGCCAGUAGCUUCUGUAGUCAACAGAGAUAAUGGAACAUUUCCGUCAUCACAGAAAGUUCUGUUGAGCAGCACUGUAUUAGAAUAUUUUCAUGCUGCCUUACUCAGAUCAGUUCAUUUUUGUUAGAAAAUGUGGAUAUCUUGAUUUGAUGGGUCAUAAUGUUCCAUGAAAAUUCUUGAAGAUACAGUUGUAUAUAUUCUUUUUAUUUUUCUUAAUUCUGGUCUUUUUUAGCUUCCUAUAAAAGUUUGUCAUUUCCAGUUUUGCAGUGUGUUUAUACAUUGCCAAAUUUUUUUUUUUUUAAGAGGAGGUAAUUCCCUGCUUAACCUUAAUAUAAAAACAAAAACAAAUUCCCAAGCAUUGUUUUCCAUGACUCCUCAUAAAGAGUUUUUAUGAAAUCACUGUUGACAAGAGUUGUCCACCCGCCCUGCCUACUAUCCCCAGCUUUCAUCAAUUCACGGAGUGGCAGAAAGGGAAAAAAAAGGACCAAGCUGUCAAGGAUAAUAGCUGAAGUUUAGUCUGUUAGAAGAAUUGUUUUGCCAGAACCGAUCAAAUCAAAGGGAGAACCAACCGCACAAGAUCAGUGAUUUCAGCAUGUGGCAGCUGCUCCAAGACAAGUCAGAGUUAGAAGAACAUAGAGCAGGCAUGUCCUCCUGUCCUAUAGCCAGCCAGCCUCUAGUGCUGGUGGCUCCCUUGAGUUACUUUGAACUCAGCCCUGGCCCUUUUCUAGUUCUCACAGGUGCAGCAGCAGAGGAACUAGGAGAGCAGUGGUGCCCUUCACAUCAGUGGGAGUCCUCAG